CGGAGCCGGCGGCGGCGCGCGAUCGGGACCGGGUGGCGGUGGCGGCGACGGCGGCGGCGGGACCGGGAUGGAAGGGAGCGCGCUGACUGUCCUUGAGCGCGGAGGGGCGAGCUCGCCACCGGAGCGCCCGAGCAAGAGGAGGCGCCGGAGCGGCGGCGCCCGUGCACCCGAGGGGGUCCGAGUCCCGCCAGCCGGUCAGCCCCGCGCCACAAAGGGAGCGCCCCCGCCGCCCGGCACCCCGCCGCCCUCCCCAAUGUCCUCGGCCAUCGAGAGGAAGAGCCUGGAUCCGUCCGAGGAGCCAGUAGAUGAGGUGCUGCAGAUCCCCCCGUCUCUGCUGACAUGUGGAGGCUGCCAGCAGAACAUCGGGGACCGCUACUUCCUGAAGGCCAUCGACCAGUACUGGCAUGAGGACUGCCUCAGCUGCGACCUCUGUGGAUGUCGCCUGGGCGAGGUGGGACGGCGCCUCUACUACAAACUGGGCCGAAAGCUGUGCCGCAGAGACUACCUCAGGCUGUUUGGCCAAGAUGGUCUCUGUGCUUCCUGUGACAAGCGGAUCCGUGCCUACGAGAUGACCAUGCGGGUGAAAGACAAAGUGUAUCACCUGGAGUGCUUCAAAUGCGCCGCCUGUCAGAAGCAUUUCUGUGUUGGUGACAGAUACCUCCUCAUCAACUCCGACAUCGUGUGUGAACAGGACAUCUACGAGUGGACUAAGAUCAAUGGGAUGAUCUAGGCCAGAGUCCCUAGGCAUCUUUGCAGGGAGUGUCCCCUGAAGGCACUGUCUCCAUGGGGUCUUCAUGCUUAGGCACUUUUGGAGACUCAAGGGUGGGGUAUUUCUUAAGGGACAGUGGACCUGUAUUGGGCACUAAGACAUAGCAAUUGAGUGACGCCUGUAAGGACCAUCACUCAUGUGUGGCAAAUGAACCAACCCUUAGAGAAAUUGUGGCUACAGUCUAUUGGUAGGAACUGACAUGAUUAGUGGGAGAAAGGAAUAUUUGAGGGCCAGCUGGCACCGUGCCACCAUGAUGGAAUUUCCCAUCUACAUAUGGGAGCUCUUUGCAAAGACUUGGUAGUCAUUGAUGUGUACAAGCUAGAGAUGUACAAUUGAUUUCUUUUCUUCCCAGCAUCUGUAAACAGCCCUGUCCAAUCACUAUGCUCCACACAGGGAAGGAAGGGCAGGGGAGAAUGGCCAUCUUCCUGUCCCUGGUCACCUUCCCAAGGCCUUGCGCUUUGGAUCUAAUGGAAACUGCAUGGAGACCCAUUUCAGUUGGGAAUGGAAAGCACAUCUUUUAACCAAACAAAUGUUUAAAACAAGUCUGAUGAAUCACUGUUUUUAGACACCUUCAUUUUGAGGUGAGGCGUUCCACAGAUUGUUUCUAUACAGAUGUAAAUCUAAAAUAAAGACCCUCGAAAUUGUUCAACUAUUUUAUUAUCUUAGAAUUAUAUCAAAGUAUUUGUUGUGUGUAGU